AUGACAGAUUCCCAGUCGCCAGGUGCGACUGCACCUUCAAAUGGAAAACCCGAUACUACAGGCUUUCUCCCCGGUGAUGACACCUGGACCCAAUUCCGCAAUAUCUAUUCCAUCCUCACGGGUAAGAUGUCCAACGAAGGAAUUGAGCAGUUCCGUGUUGCACGAGACACUCGCAACGAAGAAGCAGACUGCAAGCGCUGUGAGGAUCAGCGGGACUUUCUUCUUCAAUAUAGUCCUACGAUUCGAUUCCUCAGCGAAAGCAUUCAACAACUAGGAGGCGAUCUUCACAAUCAUAAUAUCUACUGUCGUCGUUGUACUGAUCGGAAGGGUGGUGGUUUCGAUCCGGAAUAUGGAAUCCUGAUUUGCGCAAAUGAGAUGAAGGACCAGGGACACCUUGAAGAUACUAUGGCCCAUGAGAUGGUUCAUGCUUUUGACCACCUCAGAUUCAAAGUGAAUUGGUCCGAUAAUCUGCGGCAUGCGGCAUGUACCGAGAUUCGAGCUAGUUCGCUCAGCGGCGAGUGCAGAUGGGCGCGCGAAUUCUUUCGGAGAGGGCAGUGGAAGCUUACACAACAGCACCAAGAGUGCGUCCGGCGGAGAGCCAUCCUCUCUGUGCGAGCACGCCCAACUUGUAAAGACGAAGCUCAUGCCACAAGGGUCGUCAAUGAAGUCUGGGACAGCUGUUUCAGAGACACACGCCCAUUUGAUGAGAUCUACCGAUGAUACCAUAACUCAUGCAGCGUUGUACUAUUCUCCACCCUUUUGUAUGAUAGAUAUUGUUUGGAUGUACUAUAUUUCAUGGGUUUCACUA